AAUAAUCUCGACAUACCCAAACCUUACGCGUUUAAUUAUCAUUUCGAUAAUGGUGUUUUUAGAGGUUUAGCAUUUGCCAAUUAUCGAACACCAGAAGAAACUGAUCUUGUAGUAUCGGCAUUAAACGGAUAUGAGGUAUCUGGUAGAAAACUUAGAGUCGAAUAUAAACGAGUUUUACCAGCUGCAGAAAGGGAAGCAAAGGAGAGAGAAAAGAUGGAAAAACAAAAGGCUGAUAAAGAGCAUUCAAAUCAAGAUGCGCGUAUACAAGAAAAAACUGAAAUUGAACUAACCGAAAAGCCAAAAUCAAUUAAUACCGAAAAUGGAAAGCACGAAAAAGAUAAAAAAGAAUCCGAAAAAAAGAGUCCUGUAGAUCAGCUUGAUCUUAAUGAUCCAGAAACACUUAAAUUCUAUGAUCAGGUUAUUAUUUUCCGUGACGAUAAAUCCCGUGACGAAUUAGUAUUUUCCAAAACUCUCACACCCACUCAUCGCCGUACACUACAUCUUAUUGCUCAAAAACUUAGCUUGUAUCACUAUAAUGAGGGCGAUGGUGAAGAUAGAAUUCUAAAAAUUGUUCGAAAACCAGCUUCCGCAGCUAUUAACAUAAAGCAAACACCAUCUCGGAAUGGUUCAUUCGGAAGGCGUGCGGCUCAACAGUUAUUAGCAAGUGCAGGUUUGUCGGAAAGUCCCUCAAAUAGAUCUAUGAGAGGUGAUGUUUCUCCUCUAUCACGAUCUUUUAGAAAAUCAUGGCUAAAUGAUGGGACACCAAUCGUGUUCCCAAUUCGACAGCCAAGAGGACCAGAUCCAGCUCAGAAUUUUGCCUUCCGUCCUUCUCGGUUACAUGUGUCUGCUAUCCCAUUUGGGGUGCAAGAUAACGACACAAAUCCGGAAUAUUCAGAGAAUAGGCGAUCAGGUCUUUUUGAUGUACCUCCUCCUCCUUUCCAACCUAUUACAUCGUAA